GUAUUGCGUAAUAGUUCCUUAAUACUAAGGGAAAAUGUAACCUUAAACCUGUCGUGACGUCAUGGUUAAUAUGUAUAAAUUGAGUGGGUUGGAAAAGUGUGGGACACUUAAAGCUUUGAAUUUUGUGCGAAAGGUGCGCUUUAACUGAAAUAGUUGUAAAAAAAUUUUUAUGAUAUAUUUCUUAAUCCUUCAGAAAUCACCAAUAAUUAUCUACGAAAUACUAUACCAAUUUCGUUGACUACUUCAUAUUGAUUGAAAAUCUUUUAUCACGAACUUGUGUUGAUAACACAGAAGUUGCCGAUUUGUUAACAACAAAGUUAUAUAGAUAACACAGAAGUUUUCCUUUGGUGGAUACAAAUAAGAUGGCUAUGAAGCAAAGUUUUGUCAUCUUCAUUAUCACGGUUUUACUGCAGUCGGCUCGAGCAAGCACUAAUGGACAAACACUUUUACCUUGGAAUGAAAUAGAGUGGGACACAAUACUGGAGCCUCCAAAAAUCAGCAGCGAUUGUGAACAUUAUGAAAUUUGUAACAAAGUACUAAACUAUCCCAUGAAAUUUGUAACUUCGUUAUUGGAACAGCUGAAAACGAAGAACAUCACAAAGUUUACGAUUGAUAAAUUGCAAGCAGACAAUGGUGAUUACGAAAACAUAUGCUCGUUCAAAGAAGAGAUUUAUUACCCGCGAGCGGCAAAGGACAGUAACGGAAACUGGCAUUACAUAUUGAACGGGAAUCCGCAAGCAUUCCAAGGAUUCUUAGUAGAGAGAUGCAAAAAAGACGGCUGUCCUCUUGGGCCAUUUAGUACAGACUACACACUCAAUUGUAUCCAAAAUAUUGGUUAUCGAAUAAUGGUUUACUUAGACAUAGAAAAAAGAGGGUUAGCAGUCAAUCAUUUUAAAAUACCAAUUUGUUGUUCCUGUACUUUAAUAAAGUAAAUAAAUAUUCUGCCGAAACAGAAUAUGAAAAUAGAUUUUCUCUGAGAAAUGAGAUAUUUGAAGCCACCCACUGUAAACAGGGCAGGUAUGUCUUGGCUGCCCAAUGGAACAUUGUGCAACCCCAUUUCUCUCUCAAACUUUUACAAAUCAGAAUCUCUAUACGGGCAUUUUAUGCGAGGUGCUAUUGAGUUUGAGUUUUUUUAAUUUGACCUGUGGCUUCAUAGAGGGUACAGUUAUAAAGAAAAUCUAAACUUAGCCGACUUAGGCCCAGACCUAACUGAGUGCCUAUUUAAAGAUGGCAGCAUCGUA